AUAGAUCCGGACGUUACACGCUAAGGGCUAUCGCACACAAAGCAUCGCAUCGAGUAUUAAUUUCAUCAAAUAAGUUGAUGAAAUUUUAAGAAUUUAAUUAACGUAAUAGAAAACGAGAAGAUGGAGGAUGAUCCCGUUGUUAAAGAGAUACCUGUGUUUCUGUCUAAGACUUUGGAAAACAAACUAUUGCUGUUACAAUACCCUACGCGUCCUGUAAACAAUGACAAGGAAAAUUUUGCAGUCUUAAAAUCCUGCAUCAAACCUAACAGCUUAGAAGUUCAAUUAGAACUUGAAGUUGAUACAUAUAGUAACAAUUAUGAUCACAGUAAGGGAGUGCAAUUAGUGCUCAAUGCAAAGAAUGAAUCUAAGAGAAAUGAAAAUAUAUCUGACAGUGAACUGUUUGAUAAGAUUAUAUUGUCUUCAACACGAUCAGUGACAGACUGCUUAAAUUAUGCGAUCGGAAUCUUUCAAGACGGCGAGCUUCAUAUCACGCCGUUAAAAGGAAUAUUAGAAAUGCGACCGCAAUUCAAUUAUUUGAAUAAGAGUGACAAACGUUCCAAGGAUGAGGCAAAGGCUCUAGGAGAAGAUAGCGAUGAGGAAGAGGAGAAUGGUGCUCCAGUAAAAGUAACGUUUGCCAGACAUCAACCAGAUCAUGUUAAGAAAAUUCAGGAGCAGUCUUUCCAACAUAAUUCGAAGAAAAAUCGAGAAGAAAGUUGGAUACACACGACAUACGUACCGAUCCAUGAAACGGUAUCUCAUUUAACAAGAUUGGAGAUGUUCUGUCCAACGUCAGACAUGACACUGCACUCUCUGAAUUUAUCCAAGCAUGAAUAUUUGGAUCUGCUGAUGCCGUCACGCUGUCAAACGUCUCAGAAUAACACGGAAUCUUUCGAACACAUUAAGACAUUGCCAUUGCAAGAACAAAUCACGUCAUUUAUGAAAAACGCGAGAGUCAUAUCUUUCAGCGAUUUACGUUCAAUAUUGUCGUUGGAGCACAGCACGACGGAUGUGCUCUGUCAUUUACAAAAAGUGGCGAUGUUAGUGCAGGGUAAUUGGGUCUUAAAAAGCGAACUGAUCUAUCCCACUGGUUUUAUAUCUUCCCAGAAUGGCAUUUCCGCCGAUCCCAUGUGCAGAGCACGCGAUUACAUAUUGUUAUUGUUGACGGACCAUGUAUAUCUCAAGCGCGAUAAAAUAAUAUCCGUCGUCAAACUGCCGUCGGCGGAAAUGAUGGAGAUCCUAGAGAAACUGUGCACGAAGGAUUCCAAAGAAGGAUGGAAACUGAUGAUACCGCCUGAUUGGAAUUUUUGCAACAGAUAUCCAGAACUUGCUGAACGGCAACGGAUAUUUUGGGAAGCGAAGCGAAGAUUUCUGCGUGAAAGUCAUGCGCCACAGCGGCAACGCCGGAAGUCAAAUCGGGAGUCACUGGGUUCGGAGAACGAAGAGAGGAACAUUGGUCGCGGCAGGAAGUCACACAGAGACUCGUCCCUAUCGGACAAUGACGGCGCCACUGAGCCUGUUAAACCUAAGAAAACUAGUCAUUCUAGGAAAAAUUCAGAAACCAGCACUACUUGACCAAAACCAGUGUGUUGAAGUGAAGGCUUAGAGCUAAAGCAGAAAACGAGACAUAAGCGUCGUAGUCGUAGACGUAAAGUAAAGCAGAGAAAAACGUAAACGCAAGUUAUGAAAGACUAUUAGCCUUAUGUUUUUCUUUGUCUUACUUUACGUUUACUUAUGUCAACUUUCUUCUUGAUUUUUCUUCGAAUUAUUUUGGAAAGACUGCUUCUGAAUUUUCUUUACAUGGUCUGGUUGAUGUCUCGCAAACGUUACUUUCACUGGCGCACCAUUCUCCUCUUCCUCAUCGCUAUCUAUUUAGCAAACAAAAUAAAUUUAUGAGCUUUUCUCAUUCGUUUGCCAAGUCUCGUUUUCUGCCUUAGUCCUUACUGUUUUGUAGCUGAUUAUCAUUAGCAUAUCGUCACGAUGUUGCAAACGGCGCAGAAGACUACUCAUCCGAAAUUGGAUUUUUAUGUUCAUAUCUCGACAAUAAAACCGAGUUGAUAUGUUGUGCGUAUAAAUAUGGUAUGGUAGAACUCAAUGGAUUUUAAGUCCAUUUCUCCUUAACCGCUCGGACACCGCAACUGUUUAUAAAUAUGGUAUGGAACAUACCCUAUAUUUAUUUGCAUCGUGCGACAGUGUAUAG